AUGGUGCCGCGCGGCGACGGCGGGGGAGGUGCCAGGCGCCUUCUGCUGCUCGCGCUGCGCUCGCCCUCGCGGAGCCUGCGCCUCUGGCUGCUGCUGCUGCUGCUCCUGGCGGCGCUCGGGCACGCGUGGACCUACCGCGAGGAAGCUGAGGAGAGCGACAGGGAAGUGUGCUCCGAGAGCAAAGUCGCCACCACCAAAUACCCGUGUUUGAAGCCCGGCGGGGAGCUCAGCACCUGCUUCAGGAAAAAGUGCUGUAAAGGUUAUAAGUUUGUUCUUGGACAAUGCAUUCCCGAAGACUAUGAUGUUUGUGCAGAUGCUCCUUGUGAACAGCAGUGCACCGACAACUUUGGUCGAGUCUUGUGUACGUGCUACCCUGGUUAUCGGUAUGAUCGUGAAAGACACAGGAACCGAGAAAAACCCUAUUGCUUAGAUGUUGAUGAGUGUGCCACAAGCAGUGAGACUCUCUGCCCUCACAUCUGUGUAAAUACUCUUGGUAGCUAUCGGUGUGAAUGUCACGAAGGAUACAUACGUGAAGAUGAUGGGAAAGUAUGCACCAAAGGAGAUAAAGGUAUUAUAUCAACAGGCUUUUCUGAAAAGGUGGACAAUGUGGUGAAACCUGGGGCUUGUUGUGCCUCCUGCAGAGAAUUCCACCAGAUCAAACAGACGGUACUGCAACUGAAGCAAAAGGUUUCUUGGCUACCAAAUAAUGCUGUUGACCUUAGCAAACCAAUCACAGGAGAAAAAGUACUUGCAUCCAAUGCUUACAUACCUGGCCCUCCUGGGCAGCCAGGGGAUCAGGGUCCUCCAGGGGUUGCAGGUCCAAAAGGGAGCCCUGGAUUCCCUGGAUCCCAGGGUCCUCCAGGGGUGCCAGGCCCUAGAGGAGGCAUGGGGCCGAUGGGACCGUCUCCAGACCUCUCUCACAUUAAACAAGGCAGAAGAGGGCCCGUGGGUCCUCCAGGGGCAUCAGGAAGAGAUGGAGCAAAGGGUGAGAGAGGUGCACCAGGAGAAAAGGGUCCACCCGGGCCACCAGGUUCCUUUGACUUCUUGCUGUUGAUGAUGGCAGAUAUCAGGAAUGAUAUUGCUGAGCUACAAGAGAGGAUCUUUGGACACAGGACUCAUUCAUCAGCAGAGGAGUUUCCACUACCUCAGGAAUUUGCUAACUACCAGGAUGUAGACAUUGGAUCUGGAGAGGACUAUAAACAGAGGACUAUACCAAAAGACACCAGAACACCUGAAGAAGGCAAUCAUUAAAAAA